CUCACCCGCAUACGACCACCAUGUCGGCCUCGAUCAUGCCCUCGAACGAACAAACCUGGGGAAGACUCCUAAUCGCCGGAGGAACGGACUGGCCUAAGCUCGGCAAGAGGCUCCCGAAUAAUGGUGAAAUCUCAGAACACCCGGACCUUCUCGACCCACAUAUCCUUCGGUCGCUCUCAAAUGUCAAAAUCGUGUCCGUGCAUGCCGGCUGUGCCGGCUGUCACGUUAUUGCGUUGGACGUCGAAGGCCAAGCAUGGUUAUUCGGACGCAACACCUCUUCCGCACUUGGAGUUUCCGGUGUCGACGUCAUCUCCGAAAAUGCUCCUUGGAAGUUAAGGGCACAGGACUUGGGUGCCGCGGCUGGUACGAAGUUCGUUCAUGCCGCUUGUGGGAGAGCACAUUCUAUUCUUGUGGGAAGCGAUGGAAGGGUCUGGACUGCUGGAGUAAAUCUGCUCGGACAGUGCGGUCACCAUCCUUGCCCGGAAAUAACCUCAUUCAGACGCGUCGACGGCCCAUACAACUCCUCUGGAGCCAUCCAACCAGUAGUCAGCGCCGCCGCCGGGAUUACAUUCUCUCUACUACUUACUAAAGACGGUCAAGUUUACGCUAUGGGAAGCGGCGAGAAAGGCCAGCUCGGAAACGGACGGACGGGCGAAUAUAUCGCCACGGGAAAUAAAACCGCGUUCGACGUCGAGAGCGAGCCAAUCCUAGUGAAAGGUCUCACAGACAAAAAAAUCGUACAGAUCGCGUGUGGGCAGCAGCAUAGUAUUGCGCUCGAUGACACAGGGGUCGUCUACGUAUGGGGCUACAAUGGCUACUGCCGCCUCGGACUCGGUGACCAGAAAGACGUGUUGAUCCCGAAAGUCGUUCCCCAGUUCGCUGGCCCACGAGAAAUGAUGAUGGGCGCGAUGGUCGCGGCUGGACCUUCGAACUCGGUGGUCGUGGAUAGACAGCAGAUGUAUUGGAUGGCUGGAAAGUGGAAGACUACUGGUGAUGGCUCCGGUGGCCAGCCUUAUUCCUCUUUCCGAUACAUGCAAGAUAUAAUGGCUUGUAAAACGUAUCAUAUCGCCUGCGGGGGCGUCACCCAUUUCGCGCUUGCGCCCGACCAGGAUGAACCUGGCGUGAUGACGAUCGCAUGGGGGCAAAAUGCCGUGAACGGUGAGCUCGGUAUGGGCGCGAACGAACCGAAGAGCGCGACGAAGCCUAGCAGGAACGAGCCCCUACGCGGCGUCGACGUCUUUGCUGUCGCCGGAGGCCAAAACACAUCCUACUUCCUCGCCCGCCCGAACGAGAAAUACUCCGAGCUACCACGACACCCUGCCGAUCUGGACACGGCGGAGGAGUGUCUGAGAUGCUGGAAAGACCACGGGGAGGAGGAUUCGCCGUUGGCUUGCGAUAAGUGCGACGCGCCCUACCACAUCGGCUGUCUCUCCCCACCCCUCCCCUCCAUCCCCGAAGGCGAAUGGUUCUGUCCCUCCUGCGCCUCUACGCCCGGCGGCCCCAUCGGCGGUGCAGUCCCGCCCCCACCACCUCGGCCCGCUAUGCCUUACUCCACCUCCACUACCUCUAACGCGACUGCGACGGGCGCGAUGCAGAGGACGAGUUCGGGGGGGACGGCGAAGAGGAGGAGGGGGAAGGAGGAGGAGGAGGAGGAGGGGGGUGAGAAUGGGGUGGAGGGGGGGAGGAGGGGACAGAGGAGGGGGUUAAUGGGAGGGCGGACACGAAGAGAGGAAGGGGGAGGGGGAGGGGUGGUGCGCCGAAACGGAAGAAGUAAGCGGGCCCAACUCGUCUUGGCCUUGGGGCGAUUCGAAAGGGAUGGGAACAUGUGAUCCCUUUUUGUGUUUGUGUCCAAGCCUGAUGGUCUUAUGUUUUCCUUAUACAUACCUAUUUUGGUUUCUUCAAGUUCUUCUCAAGUUCUCGGACGUCCAGCCAGGUCCUUCCUUCCCGCCUUCUUGUUCUUUGUUCUGAUAUAUAUGUGCAUAUAUUCGUUAUUGUUUUCUUUUCCCUAAGGCCCGUCCGAGUCCUUUUGCACACGCAUACACAUGCCCAGCAUCGAGCAGGACCUCGCAAGUUUCCCCUUCCCUUCCCUUCCCUUCCCUUCCCUUCCCUUCCCUUGCUUGCCUCAAUGCCUUUGGUUCAACCUUUCGUCCCUGUAACCUCCACUCAUCUUCCAAUUACAAUUAUGCAUACACCCUCAAGUUCUUUAUCGUCCACAGCCUCGUUGGUACGAUGUACAUACGAAUGACAG